AGGUGUUACGUCAUUUGUAUUCUGAUCAUCCAACAUGGCGGCUGUGGAUGGUUUGUUUUUGUCGCAACCCGAUCAAUUUAGUCCCGUAUAGCACCGUUUCCCAGUCGGAAACACUUAGCUAGUUUCUUUGUCGACAUCAUAGACUUCUCUAGCCGAGAUGCCGUGGUAUUUCCCGUGGUCGGACUCCAUCAAGAAGCGGGCGGUGCGCUAUUUACUGCAGCACUACUUGGGCCACUUCCUGCAGGAGAAACUGACCUUGGAUCAACUCAGUGUUGAUCUGUAUAACGGCAAAGGCAUCAUCAAAAAUGUGCCCCUGGAUGUUUGGUCCCUGAAUGAGGUGCUAGAGGGCACUAAUGCCCCAGUGGAGAUGAUUGAUGGCUACAUCGGCAGCAUCUCUGUUGCAGUUCCCUGGUCGGCCCUCCUCAAUGACAACUGUACCAUGGAGAUCAAGGGCCUGGAAGUGACUCUGCAACCAAAGUAUCGGCCUGAGAAUUCAAAUAGUAUGCCAGGGAGCAUGAUGAACUCCAUCUGGCAGGGCAGCAUGACCACCAGCAUGCAGCUGGCUCAGGAGUGUCUCAAACAGGAGGCAGCAGCAGGGGAUGAGCAGGAGGUCCAGCCGUUCGAGGGGCUGGAGCUCUUCGCACAGACUAUCGAGACAGUUCUGACCAGAAUAAAAGUGACUUUUGUGGACACCAUAGUGAGGAUUGAACAUGUGCCUAAAGACUCCAAGACUGGAACUGCUCUGGAAAUCCACAUCAAAAGAAUUGAAUACUUUGAUGAGUGUGCAGCAGACCAGGGCAGUCCUGUAGACAAGGAUGAGCCGAAGCUGAUGCAGCCGGCAGCCGUGGCUACCAAGGUGUUCCACAUGAUGGGGGUCACCCUCCACUCCGACGAGUUCCCUGAGAGUGCCAGGACCAGUGCAAGAUGUUCACCUAACAUGUCUCCUCAGUCAUCAGACUCCAACCUGUCCCCACCCCUGACACCCAAGAUGCCGUCCAUGAUGGAGGGGAGGGGGGCGGAGUCAGACCCCCACCCACAGGUCCCCUCCAACCCCAUCAAGCUGGGCGUCUGCUCGGGCAUGCAGGAGAUCAAGGUCAAGGUCAAACAGAGUGAAAGUAUAUCAGGACCCAAGUUUGACCUGGAGUGCUACCUGGGGUCGUUGAACUUCUUCCUGAGCCCCAGGCAGGUUCACCUGCUGAUGGAGAUGGCAAACGAGAUCCUCACACCAGCCUCGACCGGUAUGAGUCCUGAUGGUCGCCUCAACAAGCCCAUCUGCCCUGAAGACUACCAGAAGAUCGAGAGCGAGCUCCAGCGCCAGUUGUACGAGGAUCGCCAGCCCAAACAGGCAGCAGCAGGGGGUUGGGAGGAUCACAUCGGGGACUACCACCUGGGCAUGGGCAGGCACACCAUGGAGGGGUCACAGAAGAAAGGACUAGGUGAUGAUGAUGAUGAUGUGUACUACUCCAUGGCAGCAGGGCUGAACGUACAGCUGCCCCCCCUCGGACAGCCCCCUGAGGUGGACCUGGAGACGUCCUUCGGUAGUAACUACAGCGCCAGCAGCAGUGACUCAGCUAGACACAGACUGCCCAGAAACAACAGCGCCCACAAGUUUGGAUACAGCAGCUACGCAGGAGGAGCCUCCUCCCCCUUCACAGCCACACUUCCUAAAGGGGUCACCACCAAUCAGAAACCUUCCAGCAGAAAACGAACACCUUCAGGUCAGGAGUUGUUAGAAGAGGAGGCCAAGGCGGAGCGGACUCACUACAGACUGAAGCUGAGCUGCCUGUCAAUCACUCUGCUGCACAACGACCCCGUGGCCACGCCCACCAGUAAGAGCGACAGGCCUGAGUCCAGUAAUCUGCUGUUAGACAUGGCGGAGAAGUACUUCACAGACGUGAUGGGCUACAGUACAUCUGCCUUUGGGUGGAAAGACCUGGCUGCCAUGAAGGACAGAAUAGCCAAGGCCUGCCAGUAUGACCAUCUACAAUGUGUAGCCGCCCCUGUGAUGCUGGAGUGUGACCAGAAGUCCAACAGCAGUGCUCACCACCACUUCCAGCGGACGGUGGCAGACAUCAGCGUGGGUCUGCUGGACCUGGUGGAGUGUCUGUAUGACAGGGACACCCGAUCUGACCUGACCUCCGACCCCACAGAACCUACAUACACAGAGCUGCUGUCCUUCCCUGACCUUCAGCAGCAGGAGACCACCAAGUCCAUGUUUGCUGCCCUCCCCACCACCAGUCCCUGCCUUAAAGUCAAGUUCAAGAAUGUAGACAAAGGAGCAAAGGGUGCGUACACAAAGCCCCCCAUCCCCGAGGUGACAGUAGAAGUCAGUACCUGUGAGUGUGAAGUGGACAUCAGUAUAGUGGACAGACUGAACGCCCUGCUGAACCCCCAGCCCCUGGCACAGAUGAGCAGCUCCUCCGGCAUGUUCAGCUCCAUCCAGCCAACAGCCAGUAUGACAAGACAAGCCUUGUUUAGUGAAGCCUUAGACGAGACACCAGCCGCAUGUGAAAACCCCAUCAGCCUGCAUAUAUUAUCCCCAGCUGCCAAGUUUCACGUCAGAUUUCCCAUCCCCGACCUGAGACCGCCCAACCUGGACCACCUCCCCUGGUGGAAGAAACACAUCAGGAAGGAGGUGCUGAUCCUGGAUGUGACGGACUUUGACUUCCAGACAACCCUGGGGAUGGGGGACAUCUCACAGUACGAGCUCAAGUUCAGAGAAGCGCAUGGCCUGUAUCAGCUAGACCCGUCAGAGGAAGCAGUGUCGUUUUGUCGGAUCUCCCACGGCCAGUCGGAGGGCGACAUUGAUGCUCCUGUCAGCAGUGGAUUUGAUUGGCCAAGGAUAGUUGUGACUGUAAAGCCAUACAAUGCUGGGUCAGUACUGGAGGAGGAGGAAGUGGAGUCUGAACCCAGCACACCUAACCACUCGCUGGAGGAAACACUCACCGGCAAGCAGGAGCCAUCCGUCUUCUCCAACAAGAAAGUCAUGUUUGAGAAUGAAGAGAUGAUCAUGCCGGGUGACCAGGCAGAGUUGUCAGACUUCCAGGAGACAACAGUCGCCACAGCUAGGAUAUGUCUGGAGUUCUCCUUCCCCAACGUCAACCUGGUGUUGCCAGACAAAGCCUUUUACGAAAACCUGUACAAUAGAAUAAACAAUGACCUGUGUCUGUGGGCGCCGGCUGCCCCGUCCCCGGUCAACCCGAGUGACCAGUACAGCCUGCAGGGCCAGGUGGGGCUGGACCUGGCCAGUCAGUUCAUGCAGGGGGCCAGUAAGGACAGGUUCAUCAUGUGCAAGUCUGCUCUGCAGUAUGAUUCUGAUACAGACGAUGAAGAUGAGUUUGACAGCGGCCCAUUCGACAGCGGACCUUUCUACUCUACAUCUGAGAUGAAACAGAGACAGCAGAGGAAACAGAAGCAGGAGCAGUACAGACAGAGGAGAGCGCAGAGCUUUGUGGCCGUCUCUGUCAACAUUGGGCACGGCAAACUGGCCCUGGGCACAAGGAUAAAGGAUGAGGAGGGCAAGUCAUCUGAAAACAGACAGGGGGAGCUGCUACUGGAAAUCAAGGAUGGGACCAUCUUUGUGGUGGUGAACUACCAAGGGAACCCUAACCUGGGCUACCUGUUUGUCCAAGCCAACAAAGCUGGGGUUUUCCACAGAGGUCAGGUGGAUGACCACACGUGGGAGGACAUAGUGGGCCGAGCCACACCGGACUGCCCUGACCAGCUGGACCCCCUGAUCUACCGUUCUGACAGUGUGUACACCAGUCUGGCCGGGCUGGUAGGCACAGGAGGGGACAGCCUCAACAUGCUGUCUGUGGGAGUCAGGAUCACAUUAGAUACAGAGAAGGCUGAAACUGUCAAGGAGUUCUUGGUUGCUGUUGCUGUACGAGGAGGAACACUAAGACACAAGGUGUUUCUGCAAGGACAGCACUGGUUUACACAGAUGAUAGAUUUCCUGGAUGUAGAAGACUACCCUAUCCUGGGCUACACCUUACCACACAUCCUGACAGAGCUGCAUGUCCACCUGCUGGGCUGUGCUGUGGACUACAGGCCAGUUCACCUGCCAAUGAGAGCUAUGCUGACCAUGGAGAAACUCAGCAUAUCCAGCAAUAUUGUUGUAGAUUCUGCUAUUUCUGUUUUAAGAUUUAUUGUAGAUGACUCAGCAUUGUACCUGUCUGCUAAUGUGAGGGACCAAGGACCAGUAGACCUAAAGAGAAACUAUGUUUGUGUGAUGGACAUGGGGCUGUUUGAACUCAAGCUGACCUUAAAUGAAGGCACUGACUCAAAACAGCCCAGAGUAGACCUGAAGGCCUCCAACAACAUGCUGCACAUCCGGACCUGCAGUGACUCGCUGGCCGCCCUGACUGCACUGCUGCAGUACUUAGCUGAGGAUGGGGACCUCAGGGUGGAGGAGAUGGAGUCUAGUGAGGAGAUCAGGAGAAAGAGACAGCCGUCCCAGUCCAGACCCCGCUCAGACAGCCCCAUCCCACAGGUGCUGGACCAUGUACAGGACCAGAUGGAGGAGGCCAUGAUGGACGUGUGGGAUGUCAAUGGUGAAGCUGGUCUGGACCCCAGCAUGACCCUGCAGUCCAGUCCUCUGUCAGACAAGAGAACUCUUUCCUCCUCUCUUCACGCAUCCUCUGCCGCUGUGCCAUAUCAGACCACUCCGGCCCAGUCUACAGGUCCCGGCAGUGAGCCCUCUAGCCUGACCCAGUCCCCACCCUCCACCAUGUUCUUGUUCCCAGAUGAGAAUGGCCAGUCCCGCGCCCCCCUCCCACCUUCAUCUGUGGCGACUGAGGACGACUCUGGCAGUGCUGCUGACAGUGUUGAGGACUGGAGCGAUGACAGGGAUGAGGAUUUCUGUAUCAUUGAUGACCCUGGACUUGGCAUCAUGCCCAGACAUGGUGAGCCGGAGGUCCGUGUGCUGACAGAAGAUGCCAUCAGGGUGGAGGAUAACCACUUCAGCCAGCCCCUGGGGAAGUCAGACCUGCUGAAGGCGCCCGACCACUUCCCCCCGGCCGUGCUGAGGUACACGCUCAGGGAGAUGUCUGUCGUGUGGCACAUGUACGGGGGCUGUGACUUCGGCAAGCCACACGAUAGAACAGCUGCUAAAGGGAGUCGUUCCAGCAGUGCCAACCCCAGCCCAACACAUGGCAACAUGCAGUAUGUGAGAAGUCCUCAGCACUCCCCAGCUAAGGCAGGUUCCCAGCGGGACAGCUACAGCAGACACGGGCGGCUGGGCUGGCAGGCCAGGGGGGGUCCGGGCAGGGACACGGACGUGCAUGUGGAGCUGCAGAUGAACAAGGUGCGAUUACAACACGAGGUGUUCCCCGAGGAUACAGAGCAGGCGUCGCGCCAGGUGCUGAUCAUCACGGAGCUGGAGAUCAGGGACAGGCUGGCCUCCUCACAGAUCAACAAGUUCCUGUAUCAGUACACCUCCGAGGCCAGGCCCAAACAGGCUCACGCCAACAUGGUGAUGAUCAAGGCCCUACACAUCCGACCGGACCCCCAUCUGAAGGCCCAGGAGUGCUGCCUCAGGGUGUCCCUCCUGCCGCUUAGACUCAACAUAGAUCAGGAUGCCAUCAACUUCCUGAGAGACUUUUUUGCCGAGCUUGCUGAUGAAAGCGGUGCCUGCCCUGAUGCAGUAGACACCAGUGCCAGCCCCCUGCAGGCCUCCCCACCCAGCCCAGUCAUGCUGGUGGGGUCUCCCCUGUACAGUGAUGUGGGGGGUGAGGACACAGUCAGGGGGGCAGAGGGUACAGACUCCAGCAUGACGUCCUCCAGGGGCAGUGGGCAGUCGGACUCCAGUCCUGCUGGACCAAUCUUCUUCAGAGAGUUCACCUUUUCUCCUGAGGUGCCCAUCAGACUAGACUACCAUGGGAAGAGGGUAGACAUGGAACAGGGUGCAUUUGCAGGUUUGCUGCUAGGACUCAGUCAACUCAACAACUCUGAGUUGAAGCUGAGAAGACUCAACUACAGACAUGGGCUGCUGGGGUAUGACAAGAUGGUGGCCUAUGCUGUGACAGAGUGGGGGGAGGACAUCAGGAAAAACCAGCUUCCUGGGAUCCUGGGUGGUGUAGGACCUAUGCAUUCUCUAGUACAAAUUGUCCAAGGUAUAGUGGACCUAGUGUGGCUGCCUAUUGAACAGUACCGUAAAGAUGGUCGCAUCGUCCGAGGUCUGCAGAGAGGAGCGAGCUCCUUCGCCACGUCCACCGCCAUGGCGACCCUGGAGCUGACCAAUCGCGUUGUGCAGUCCAUCCAGACGGCAGCAGAGUUCACGUACGACAUGUUGUCGUCAGGACCCAGCGUCAGGAAGCUGGGACAGGGGGCCUUCAUCCAGCACCGCAUGGCACAACAGCCUGCCGACGUGCGAGAGGGCGUCACUAAGGCUUACAAUGUGGUCAGGGAGGGUGUUACGGACACAGCUCACACCAUCUACCGUGUGGCGGCGGAGCAGCAUGAGCAGAAGGGUGUGACGGGGGCGGUGGGAGGUGUGCUGCGACAGAUCCCCCCCACCAUGGUCAAACCUGUCAUCCUGGCCACAGAGGCCACCUCUAAUGUCAUCGGUGGAGUUCGCAACCAGUUCCUGCCAGACGCACGGCGCGAGGCCUCUGAAAAGUGGCGGUCUGAGGAGCAAAAAUAGCUUUUUGUUGUUCAAAUGUUGCUGAUGUCAACGAACCAUUGUGCUGCUUCAGGUCAAAAGAAUCAUUGUCCAAGGCUAUCUACGUGUACUACCAGACAAAAGACUUGAGCACACCAAACUGGUGUACUUUGUAAGCUGCUUUUUUAUUAUCAUACCUUACUUUAUAACUUUUUUAUAUGCAUAGUUUUAUCUGCACUUAAUUCUAACAUAUUGAAUAAAGUGAUAUCGUUACUAAAUUUCAUAUGGCAAUGUCUCCAUACAUAUAUGUGUAAAAGGUACCUUAGGUGAGUAACAUGGCUUGUAUUAUUAUUUAUUUGAUGUCUUGUCAAAUCUUUAAUUGUGGCCUGCAUUGUACAGUAUCUAGCAGGGCAUUAGGCAAUGCAAAUUUUUACUAUCUGUGAAUUACUCCUGUUGCUUAGUUGUAAGUAAGGUCAAACUGAUUUGAUUAUGUGGAUGGCAUCCUCUGGACACCCCAAAAGGGAUGCAAGUGUGUGUAGGAAAAAAAGUUUGGCAAAAAAAGUUGCUUUCAUAAUAGUUCAUUAUGAAAUCUAAUCGGUCAGGAAGGUUGAACAAAUGACUGGUGACAAAGAACCAAACAAUAAAUUCUCCUUUCACAUCUUCUUCUUAGACUUGACCUCAAAUGUUUUUGUUUUUCCGAACAAAAAUUACUGUGCGUGCUGAUGUUAUCCAUAUAAUCAAGACAGUGUGGCCAAAGGCUUAAGGAAAGGGCAAUUAACUCCAUUUCAUCAGAUGUGUUUCCCCAUUUCGUUUAUGACGUUACAGCCUAUAUUUAGAAGCAAGAUGUUUUCAGAACAUUUCAGUAUAUGGACUGUACCAUUCAUGGUAGUUUUAGACAAAAAUGUCAGUUACACGGUAUUUUGUACCUUUGGACCUCAUACAGAGUUGUGCCAAAAUCCAGUGUGCGUAAUUGCUGUUUAUAAUCUGCACAAAAUUUACAUAAUUAUGCCAACCAACAUUGAAAUAUUCACCAAAUGUCAAACAUAGGACCAAUUGUAGUAUUGCUCAUGUAGACCCUGUAAGAAAUAUAACUUGUCACCUUUGUUUUUAUAUACCAGUAUCUUGAUUGCCCAGUGAGUGACUUGUUGGAGCUGUGUCAGAUAUUGUGCAAUGGGUCAGUCUUAAGUUUGUUGCAUGAUUCUCUUUGUAACAGAAUGUGACAAUACACUGCUUCUUGGCAGUCUGUUCUUUUCUGUACUGUACUCUAGAUGAUCCUGAACAUUGUCAUAAAAACCUGUUUAUCUUCCAUGUUUGAUGAUAAGGAAAGAUUGGUAAGAAAAUUAAUUUGAUGAAUCCGUUUUUGUCAGGCUUAAAAACUGCUUGUGGUACCUUACAGUAAGGUACACGUAAUUGUUGUCUCAGUAAACAUAGUAUUGCUAAUGUUUUAAGCCUGGGAAAAUGUAUUGGUAUUGUUAGGAAUUGAUACAAGACAUGUUAAUCUCCAAGCAGAUGUAGCAAGGCAAAAUUUGAACGUUUUUCAAGAUCUCAGUUCCUCAUAGCAUCUGGCCUGGGUGUUUGGGAAACGUUAUGAUUUUGCCAUUCUACAUCAGCAUGGAGAUUAGGGACAAGUUGCAAUGGCCUCCUGUAAGGGAUAGGCAAUUUAUGCUGUGGUUCCAAUGUAUAUAAAUCAUGUGUUUUAUUGUGAUAUAUAUAACGUUAUAUAUACAUGCACAGUGUACAUGAAUAUAAUUGAAGCAAGCUGGUUUUCUAUUCUUUUGAAUACUACUAAAAUUUCACUUCUGUUAUUUUGAAAGAUAGAUGCUAUUGUAAAGCUUUCAGUGUACAAGUACUUGUCAUAAUCAAAAUGCCAUGGCCAUAUCAGUACUUGAUAUUGGUGAUCAGUUGUUGGUGGGAUAGUCGCUACUACCCAUGGGUAGAAACAUCCUUGGAAGGAAUAACAGAACAGAAACACUUGCUUAUCGAAUAAAUGUCAUUGUAACCCAUUAGGUGAUGUGUACAUAAGGCACUUGUUGGAAGCUUCACAAAACAAGAAUAAACAGAUUUAACAUUA